GGGUGCUUGUAACCAGGAGACGACGAGGAGUCUCUGACCAGGAGACGUCGAGGAGUCUCUGACCAGGAGACGUCGAGGAGUCUCUGACCAGGAGACGUCGAGUAGUGUACCCACGAGACGUCGAGGAGUCUCUGACUAGGAGACAAAGAGGAGUCUCUGACCAGAAGACUUCGGGGUGCCUCUGAACAGGAGACUUCAGGGUGUCUCUGACCAGGAGACUUCAGAGUGCCUCUGAACAGGAGACUUCAAGGUGCCUCUGACCAGGAGACUUCAGGGUGCCUCUGUCCAGGAGACUUCAGGGUGCCUCUGACCAGGAGACUUCAGGGUGUCUUUGACCAGGAGACUUCAGAGUGCCUCUGAACAGGAGACUUCAAGGUGCCUCUGACCAGGAGACUUCAGGGUGCCUCUGUCCAGGAGACUUCAGGGUGCCUCUGACCAGGAGACUUCAGGGUGUCUUUGACCAGGAGACUUCAGGGUGCCUCUGACCAGGAGACUUCAAGGUGCCUCUGACCAGGAGACGUCGAGGAGUCUCUGACCAGGAGACUUCAGGGUGCCUCUGACCAGGAGACUUCAGGGUGUCUUUGACCAGGAGACUUCAGGGUGCCUCUGAACAGGAGACUUCAAGGUGCCUCUGACCAGGAGACGUCGAGGAGUCUCUGACCAGGAGACGCCAGGGAGCCGCUAACCGCGAUGAACGGCCGCGAGGUGGUGGAGUCUCUGCCAGACCCCACCACGCCCACCACGCCGCCCACUCCCUCCGGCUUCUCCGCCAUAUUCGGGCACGAUCCCACCAACAAAGUCUUCUUCGCCAUCCCUGUACACAGGGAGGACGGGCCACCCUCGUACGAAGAGGCUUAUCACUCCUUCAGCUUUCUUAUCAAAAUAUUUCAGCUGCUGACGUCCGCGACGACAGCCGGCCUCUACUCGAUAGGUGUGCGGCUCGUAGAGCACGACAUCACCUCCCAGCAGCUGCCCUUCGUCGUCAGCUCCACCUUCAUCGUGGUGACCGGCGUCGUGCUGCUGGGCUACGUGCUGGGCCAGAAGAUGCCCGAGGUGCUGGAUCGAGUGGCGGACGUCGCGGGACGUGGACUCUUGCUGCAGAUACGCAUGUUCAACCUUCUGGCGGCCCUGCUGUUCGUCGUGAGCGGGGCUGUGGUGAUCAACUACUGGGUGCAGUACCGCGACUACUGGCGGGCGCAGGUGGAGGAGGGCCGGCUCCAGCACUGGCAGGACAGGAUGCUGCUGGCCACCGGGGUCGCCAGCCUCGCCAACAGCGCCCUCUACCUCUUGGACUUCGGCCACAGCAUCAGGAGGACGCUGAAGCUCAUCGGCCAGUAGGGGCCCGUCCUGUCUUCAGUCUCGCGCCAUGCCACGCUGUGCGGCAGUUGGAUCUUUGGGCGCGAAGGGAGUCGUAUUGCAAGCCCGAAUUGUAAUGCUAUGACUUGCUGGGGCAUCUAGUAAGGGAAUAUUUGGGCACAGGGCAACACAACGGGUUUGAGCUUAUUCUGAAGUGAGUAAUCAUUUUCUUAAUUAAUGUGUAAUUAGACAAUUGUCUUCUCUCUCUCUCUCUCUCUCUCUCUGCCAUUUUAUCUCUUACGAUAUACUUACGAGUCGAGGUUUGAAUUGCCAAAGAAGUUUCACUUCUAUCACUUGUACUGAGUUACACGUGCUCUUCUCCCCCACCCCCCUUUUUCUUUCUCUUUAUUUCGAUCCUUAUUUUUUCCAGGCUUUGCAUUAAUUAUUGUUGGGUCGCAUCAAAAAAUGGUUUAUAAUCAAAGUUAUUAGUAUAUUAUUACAUUUUAAUACGAACGCAAUGUUUUUCACAGUACGGAAAUCGUAGUGAUUAUUUAUUUUUAAUCUUUAUUACGUUUAUUCCUAUACACGAUUGUGUCAAUCUCUAUAAUUUAUGCACGGAUGUAGGUCCGAAGGGGGGGUGGGGCCCCUGGGCAAGGGGCUCCGGCCCCACUUGACUCAAAAAGCCCCUCUUUGAAGGAGCCCACUUGCUCUUGUAAAAUCGUUCCUCAUCAAUGGAACCGUUAUCUCGCGGACCCUCCCUGGGAAUCAGACAGAGUUUCGUCCAUAUUUUCAUGUAUCAUAAAGUGUUUCAUGCUGAAUGCGACAGUUUUUGUAAACCAUGAAUGUUGAUAAAAAUUUGUAUAAAGUUUAUAAAUAAACUUUUGAUUUUA